UCGGGUCCACGUGUCGCCCUCGGCGUGACGAAACUUCCGGCAGCCGAUAUGGCGGACGAAGUGGAGCUUGUAGAUAUUGAGGGAGAUGUAACCGACGUGAAUUUGGGGGACGCUGAAGGGAGAGAAAUAAUUCAAGAUCCUUAUCUACAGUCCGCAUGGAAAAACAGCAACGGGCUCUUACCCUGGACUCUAGACAGCUCUAUCAGUGCGGAGAACAGGGAGGCCAUAGAGAACAUGCUACUGGAAGAGGAGUAUUAUCUGGCUGGGAAGGAGCUGCCAAAGAGUAUGUGGGCGGGUGAGAAGCAGAAGGUGAAGAGGUCUCCUGUGAAACCCUCUGCGCAGCCUGUCCGCUGGGCCGAGGAGGAGAAGGAGCUCUUUGAGGCCGGACUGUCUCAGUUCGGCCGGAGGUGGACAAAAAUUUCCAAGCUCAUUGGCAGCCGGACCGUCCUGCAGGUUAAAAGCUACGCCAGACAGUACUUUAAGAAACAGACUAAGCUGGAGAACUCACCGCAUAAGAGCCCAGGGGCCCCUUGCGGAUCAGUGGGCAGGCCACCGCCCGGUGCUGCUGGCUCUGUCAAGGAUCACAGCACCAUGUUGUCCAAUGCGGUGCGGAUCGAGAGGCUGUCAGACGACGAGGAUGUGGACAUCACGGAUGACCUCGACGACGAACCGCUUCUGAGCAGUCAGGGGGAGCCGGUUGAACAAGGGCCUUCUGAAGAUGCUGCAGUCCAAAGUGUGGAGCCUCUGCCAGCCCCUUCUCCCCGGCCCUGUUGCUCUGUUGAGCUGACCCCAGAGGCUGCAUCUGAGGUGGUGGGUGAGGGUGUCGCACAUGCUCACUGCGACCCCACGUCUGCGGAGGAAACGGACCCCCAGCCAGCUGGGCCUGGCAGUGCAGAUGGAGGAUCUGCUUCCGAACGGGAGGACAGUAGUGGAGCAGGCCCAGCAGAGGGCAGCACGAGCCUGGAUGAUGAGUACGAGGAGGAGGACGAGGAGGAGGAAGAGCUGAAGGCCCCAGAACAAGAAGUUCAACUUGACCGAAGGGCCGUCACAGAGGAGGAGAAACAGGCCGUCUCUGAGUUCUUCGAGGGCCGUCCGUCCAAGACGCCCGAGAGAUACCUUAAGAUCCGGAAUUACAUCUUAGAGCAGUGGGAGAAGGUUAAACCCAAAUACCUGAACAAGACGUCAGUGCGCCCAGGCCUGAGGAACUGCGGUGACGUCAACUGCAUCGGGAGGAUACACACCUACCUGGAGCUCAUCGGCGCCAUCAACUUCGGCUGUGAGCAGGCCGUGUACAACCGGCCCAGGAUGGUGGAGCGCUCCCGGGCAAGGGAAGGCCGGGAUGCCCUGGAGGCGUACCAGCUGGCUCAGAGGCUGCAGUCUAUGCGUGCAAGGAAGCGGCGAGUGCGAGACAUGUGGGGAAACUGGUGCGACGCCAAGGACCUGGAGGGGCAGACCUUUGAGCACCUCAGCGCAGAGGAUCUAGCCAAAAGGAGGGAGGAUUCCUGUAAGCGGCAGCUGAAAGCCAGCAAGGCAUCCAGGCAGAGAAGCUCCUUUGACCCCUUCCAGCUGAUACCCUGCCAGGAGUUUGGCGAUGAAAAGCAGGAGCCGUUUCGGGUGGCUGUGUGUGCAGAGGCACUGAUCAUUAUGGACAUGCACUCGCACGUUUCCAUGGGGGAGGUCAUCGGUCUGCUGGGGGGCGAGUACAAUGAGGCAGGCAAAGUGCUGAAGAUCUGUGCCGCAGAGCCGUGCACCAGCCUGAGCACGGGAAUGCAGUGCGAGAUGGAUCCAGUGUCUCAGACCCAAGCGUCGGAGCAGCUGGCCGGCCGGGGCUACGACGUCGUCGGCUGGUAUCACUCGCACCCUGCAUUUGACCCCAACCCCUCCCUCCGUGACAUUGACACGCAGGCCAAGUUCCAGGGCUAUUUCUCCCGCGGCGGCGCCCCCUUCAUCGGGAUGAUCGUAAGCCCCUACAACCCCAGCAACACCUCGCCGCACUCGCAGACCACCUGUCUGGUGGUGAGUGAGGAGCAGGGCCCCGCAGGCUCUCACAGGAUCCCUUUUAAGUUUGAGAUCCACGAAUUGUGCGAGGAGCCGAAUUGGGUCCAAGUGAUGAAGAGAGCAGAGUGGAUAGUGAAAAAAUACAGAGCGUCUCACAGUUGCGUGCCGAUGGACAGAUUUUUCCGCAGAGAUUCCGACCUUACAUGCCUGGACAAAAUGUUGGCCUCCUUGAGGAAGUUCCUAGAGCAGCUGCAGGACAGCACCGUGGAGCAGUUCCUCAGUCAGGUGGAGACUCUGUUUCUCUUGGAAAUCUCGGCAAAUCAGAAGAGCGACCGGGGCGACUCGCCUACCUUAAAGCGUCAAGGACAGUCAGACGACAGCAUCGCGUUUUCUGCCGCGCCAUCUGACGGCGACGGCUUUUACGCACCCUCCCCGACUCUGGAAGGGGCGGGGGCUGAGGAACCAGCCAGUGAGGAUGGAGUCUCCUGUGAUGUGGCAGCCAGUGUGGGUGGGGUGUGAAGUGAGGGCUUAGAAGAUCCCGCAUUCCUUAUAAAAUCCACAGUAAAUGGCAGUGUUCCAUUUUUCCGUUUGUUUUUCAUGUUACACAGAAACUGUAUCUUCAAACAAAUUUCCAUACCAUUUCCCAAGGCUUGGAAUGCACUGUGUUUUAUAGCUUGUCAAUCACUAUAAGAAAAUAAGUGUGGUAGUUUAUCCCGUGAUGCAUUUCAAAUGUGCUGUAUGCAUCUUUGUUAAUCCACAAGUAAAAUGGUACAUCUCAGUAUUAACCCAGUAAACGGCCCUUAUACAUGUAA